AUGGCGGCUGAGGUCGUGUUGUGCAACGCGAAAAGAUUUUUAACAAAUGUUAUUAGAAAAACAAAUUACUCCAGCUUAUCUGCUGCUAAUUUCAAWACUAUAUGCUCCAACAUUGAAAACAGAGUAAUAAUUUCUGAACAUCAAAGGAGUAAUUCGAAGAAAUGCGAGUUUUUAUGCAGCCGAUUUUGUCUGCCGGGUUUGAAAAUUACUAAGAGAUUUCAACGAAAUUUUUCCUCCAAACAUUCAAGAAAGAACUUCUACAAAGUGCUCGGGGUUUCGACUAAGGCGACACAGGCUCAGAUCAAGACAGCUUAUUACAACUUGUCUUUAAAGCAUCACCCUGAUCGGCACAAGGGCAGCCCAGAGGCCCAUGGGAAUUUCCAAGAGAUUUCAGAGGCUUACGGUGUCUUAGGAAGUUUAGAUUCAAGAAAACAAUAUGACCGUAGUUUGAUCGUAGAAGGAUUAUUAGCGCCUGAACAAGCACGACCGUUUCAUGCUCCACCUAAACCUUCAGCGUCUGUUUAUGAUUUUGAUGAAUGGGCAAAGCAGCAUUAUUUUCAAGCRCUGUUAAGAAAACAGAGAGACAAGAAAGAAAGGAAAGAUGACGAAAUUGAAAGAAAAACACACAAGUUGAAAGAAGGAUCUUUCAGACUGGUUUGUCUUGCUGUAUUUUUAGCUGUGUUUGUGGCUGGCAUGCAUCUUCACAGACACUCGCAUGACAAAAGCGAAAAAAGAUACCGAAAACAAUGAUUGCUGCAAAUUAAAUUCUACAAUAUACAUAUCAUGAUAUUUUUAGGGAAGCAUGGGUGGCAUAGAGAUGGUGUAGCAUCUCAUCUAAAUGAUCCAGGUUUGAGUGCCGCUGGGCUCCGUGUCUUUUAUUUUAUUUUAUUAAAAACAAUGCACAAGGCAAACCAAGAUUUUUUGAGACUAUCCAGUGGAUGACACUGGAAAAAUGGACAAAAUCUGCUUGGACAUAAUGUUUAUGAUUCAGAUCACGUGUCAUUCCCUAGAGUAUCAUUUCUUUGUUUUAUGGUUAUGCAUUGGAAGAUACAUGAAUAUGCACGAAGAAGAAUGUUAUUCUUUGUUCGAGUUGUAUCCAUAUUGGUGAGAAUGACACAUGGYCUGAAAUGGGAAAACAUUACCCCCAAGUAGUUAAGGUCCAUUAGUGCAUCAGAUGUCAGGGAAUGGGCCAUAUUUCACUAUAACUUCACAUCAAAACAAUCUAUUGUUUAAAUGCAAAGGAUCAUGGUUGUCRGAGAGGGUCAAAUCGCAAAUUCACCAAAAUUGUUCUAAAACCCGUAUCAAUCCAUGAAGRGAAGUAGAAUUUUUCAAUUGCACAUUACGUCAUCGUGGCCAUGUUGGUGCCAUUUAACAAAAGAUUUCUCAUUAGCAUCCAUUGUUAACGGCACGGCAAUGGCUGCCAUGUUUUUGUCUUUUAACUCUCUUGGGAAUGCUUGCAACCCAUCAAUA